GUUAAUAACAUCACAAUGCACAACGUAAUGGGAACACAGCACGUUCAAUGGCCAUGUUAUGGUCUAUCGAUCCAGAGGGAUGGCCUUCCUGGAAGAUUGUGUCUAUAUAUUGUGGAAGUGCACUUGGCGUUUGGUGGAGCCAUAUUGAGGAUCUCUCCCAGGUUGCCCAUCAUGAAGCUCUCUCUGUGUCUGGGCUGUGUGGUGAUGUCUAUUCUGGCUGGAGCCUCAGGCCACACCUUUAAUUCGACACUGGAUGAAGACUGGAGGAAUUGGAAAUUAGAGUAUGAGAAGCAGUACACUGAGGAUGAAGAGACCUACAGGAGAAUGGUCUGGGAGGACAAUGUGAGAUACAUCGAACAACACAACCUGGAGCAUUCGAUGGGGAAACACACAUUUACUGUGGGAAUGAACCAGUUUGGAGAUCUGACCAAUGAAGAGUUUAAUGAACUCAUGAAUGGAUUCCUCCAAGUUGAAGUUGAUAACUCGACUGAAGAGGAAGUUGAUGAAGAAGAUGAUACUGAAGAUGACGAUGAAGACUUUGAAGAGAAUGAUGAGGAAUUGCGGGGUGCAACGGUUGACUGGCGUAGAAAGGGUCUGGUUACUCCCGUGAAAAACCAGGGACGAUGUGGUUCAUGCUGGGCUUUCAGUGCAACUGGGGCCAUUGAAGGACAAUGGGCAAAGAAACAUAAAAAAUUGAUCUCUCUAAGUGAACAAAACCUGGUUGAUUGUGAUUGGCGAAGCCAUGGAUGUCGUGGUGGAUGGAUGACAAGUGCCUUUCGAUGUGUGAUGCGAAAUAAAGGCAUCAACUCAGCUGCAACCUACCCAUACACAGCACGGAGAGGAAGAUGCAGAUUUCAGAGAAACAACGUUGCUGCCAGAAUCAAAGGAUACAGACGCGUUCGAAGAAGAGAAAGAGCUUUAGCAAGAGCAGCGAAAAGUGUGGGACCAAUAGCUGUCGCAAUUCACGCAGGGCAAAGGUCCUUCCAUCUUUAUAGACGAGGAGUUUACUAUGAUCGCAGAUGCAGUAAGCGUCUCAACCAUGCAGUGCUGCUGGUGGGAUUUGGAAGAGAAAGGGGAAUGAAUUAUUGGCUUGUUAAAAACAGCUGGGGAAGGUCAUGGGGUGACCGCGGUUACAUCAAAAUGGCGAAGGAUCGACGGAAUAACUGUGGAAUUGCCAAUUAUGCAGUUUAUCCAACUGUGUGAGGAGGGAGGUGUUAAACCAGAGCUUCAUUGAACUCCACUUGAAAGAACGAUGGGAACAUUUCUGCUGAUGCUGACUCCUUCAACAGUAUCGCUUUAACUCUCUGCUGCAGUUCAGCAAGUUAAAUAAUGACAGCUUCUGCGUAUUUCUAUAGUUUUACAUAGCAGUCACUGUCAGCGUGUGUUUGAUACAUGUAACCAUAGUAAUAUCUCCAGCUUGUGUACAGACAACGACCUGAAUGUACUGUUGAUGUCGAUCAAUAUAAUAAACAUUGCCAGCAAUCA